CCUCCUCCGGUCAUAUAAAGGCAUUAAUCAGCGAUCUACGUUUUUGAUCAAACAAAUAUUGCCAUUAACAGAACCUUUUAUGGUUACUAUAUGAAAAUAUUUUUUUCCUCUAGGAGGACAGAUAUCCAGAGUACGUACUACAUCCGUGAUUCGAUGAACAUGGCGCUGGGCAAACAGGCCAUCGGUGGACUUUAAACAAGAGGAAAUUUCGGGAUAACUUCGACAUCGUAGCAUGCACGUGUGAAAUGAUCUCAAUCUCGAUAUACUGGACCACUUGUUCUGCUUCAUUGAUGACUACGAGGCGACAGAUUGAGUGCAACACAUCCAAUUGCAUUCAUAAACAUUUCUAUAGGACUUCAAACCCCUGAGCAUUCAGUGUUUGGAUAUUUAAACAAAAAAGCAUUGUUUUAUUGUGGAUGGCAUCCUUGCACGACCAAAUGGCUGCAACUGGAAAAGUCAAACCGAGUAAAGAUCUGUCCCAAGGCGUUGAGAGGUUAAAAGAGGAGCACAAAAAGGUGGUGAAAGAUUGCAGAAGUCAAAUUGAGCACUGGAAAAAAGUGGAAAAUGACUAUGAAUCUCUUCAAGACCGCCUCAGGACUUUGCCUGACAAGUUGUCUUAUGAUAUUAUGGUACCAUUUGGACCCUUGGCUUUCAUGCCGGGAAAGCUAGUUCACACUAAUGAGUUAACGGUGCUCCUCGGGAUAACUGAUGUCAACAAUACACUAGAUGACUUACAGAAAGUGAUGAAGAACUUUCAGAACAGAGCCGACUUUACAGAUGAUCUUGAAAAAUUGACUGGUGAUACUGGAGAUUUUGCAGACAUUAGAGAAGAAGUUAUAAAUGAGGAAGUAGUCACCAAAG